AUGAGAUCGCAGGCGAGCUGGGCGCUUGCGGUGGCUUGCUUGGCGGCGUUGGCCGGGGCCGAUCCGAGGCUCAACGUCAACGAUGCCCGAUACUUUGAAUUUCACACGCCCGACCCCAACGACUCCCUCAACUCGCUCGCCAACCACGGCUUCCUGCCCACCAACGGACGCGGCGUCAACAUAACCGACAUCAUCCUGGCCGCCUUCCACGGCUACGGCGUCUCGCCCGAGACGAGCGCCCUCAUCACCAUCGACGGCCUGGUCGAGAGCGGCAACUCGCUCGACUUCGUCUUCAACCUCGAGGACCUGCAGCGCGACUCGUGGCGCAUCGAGCACGACUGCAGCUUCUCGCGCCCGGACACGUUCGAGGGCGCCGGCUUCGGCUUCGACCAGUCGGCCUGGGACACCGUCGUCAACCUCAUCUCCGACUGCGACAAGAUCGGCCCGCUGUGCAUGGGCAGGGCCAAGGCCGCCCGCAUCAGGGAGCUGCGCCAGAGCCUCAACCCGCAGACCGUCUACAGCAGGGCUGCUGCCGCCCACGGCGCCACCGAGGUCGGCAUGCUGCUUGGCGUCUUCAGCACCGCCAGGAAUACCCAGGAUAGGCUGCUCUUCAUCAGGUCGCUCUUCGAGAACGAGGCCAUCCCGCGGCACCUUGGCUGGAUGCCCCGCGAGUUCCUGGCCGACGUCGAGACCGUCUUGACCGUCGGCACCACGUCCCUCAAUGCCGACCCGAUCUUGCAACAGGCCGACGACGGUCAGGUGGCUUCCCGAGAGGAUGUUAUCAGGGCCAUCAAGCCCGACACCUCGAUUCCCCUGCAGGAAAUGUCCGCCGUCCUCAGCGGCGCCGGCUUCACCAACCCCGCUCCCUUCAAUGCACUUCGGCGGAUCAGCCAAGGUGGCUAG